AUGGUCGAGCAGUCGGAUCGCGCUCCACUGCUCGACUGGGAGGAGAUUCCACCAAACGAACUGACCCAGGCGGUUCCCGCACCAGCAAAAGAAAAUGGAUCGGAAUCAAAUCCGCCAGACGGCCGCUCUCUGGGCAGCACCGCGCUCGCCAUCGGGUGGAACACUAGCUCUGGGGGUCCAGCAAGUGUAACAACUAUUCCCAGCGUGAACAGGAGCCCUCACAUUGACCAUCCUGGCCCGUGGGAUGUUCCCAGUCCCAUCCAUGCCGACUCUAGAAUAUCUCUGAAAGAACGACUGGGAUGGGAGGAAAAGGACCAAAUAGUGGCUGUGUUUGUGGUAACCUUUGACACAAGAUCAGGUAACAUGGUGGAAUGGUGCUUACCCCAAGAUGUGAAUCUUGACGGAGUGGAAUUCAAGUCAAUGGCGAGCGGAUCACACAGAAUCGCCAACGACUUCAUAUAUUUCCGUAAAGGCUGCUACUUUGGGCUGGCUUGUUUUGCUAACAUGCCUGUUGAAAGUGAAUUGGAGAGAGGGGCGCGGAUGAAAUCUGUGGGUAUUCUGUCUCCCUCUUACACCCUCCUAUAUCGCUACAUGCACUUCCUGGAGAACCAGGUUAGACACCAGCUCCAGUGCCCUGGCUCGUAUUCUCCUCUGGAGGCCUUCUAUGAGGAUAAGAAAGCUGUGCUGCCCCCAGCAGGGAACGGCUUUGUCACUGCUUGUCCAACCAGUGCCUGGGUCCCAGCCAUCAACCGCUGCAUGCACCCAGAGAUGAAGAUCACCCACCCGGCCGGCUGCAUGUCCCAGUUCAUCCACUUCUUUGGGGAGCAGAUCAUGGUGCUGUGGAAGUUUGCCCUACUCCGAAAACGAAUCCUUAUCUUCUCCCCACCACCUGUGGGUGUCGUGUGCUACAGGGUGUACUGCUGUUGCUCUCUGGCCAACAUCUCUAUACCUGGGAUAGGUGUGUCUGUGCCUGAGUUCCGCCCCUUCUUCUACAUCAAUGUGGCAGACAUCGCUGCCCUGGCAACAGAGAUGUCAUACGUGGCUUGUACGACAGAGAAGAUCUUUGAGGAGAAGAAGGAGCUGUAUGAUGUAUAUGUUGACAACCAGAAUGUGAAGACACACAGAGAUAGCCUUCAGCCACUACUCCGGCUGAAUGGGGUGGACCGGGAGAAGUAUAGGAAACUCAGCGAACAGAGGCAACUGCUACUUUACACUCAGGAGGUGGAUGGAGACUGCACAUCAAAUGAGGAGGACCUCUUUAUACUGUUUUUCAUGGAGCAGAAUAACCGUAUCUUCCAGACUCUAUCGGAGGUGGCGGCGAGUGCGGACCCCACCCUGACGGCAGAGCACGUGAGGGCCAUGGGGCUGGACCCUCAGGCAGACCGCACUUUCCUGGUGGAUCUGCUGGAGCUCUAUGGCAUUGAUGCCAUGCUGGUAAUCGAUAACCCCUGCUGCCCCUGAGCCCUGUGUGGCCUGUGCUCCUCUCUCCUUGUCCCCUGAAGACACUGCCUCCUACUCUUCGUCCCCUGGCCUCCUGCCCAGUCAAAUGCCUGCAGGUUUCUCUUGGUCUCUCGCCAUACUCCGGGAUACAGCUGCCUUUGGCCAGUGUUAACUUAGAGGCAGCUCACCUGGCCAAUUGGGCCACGAUAAUAGACACUGCCUGGACUCUGCAGUUCUCUUGCUAAAGUCUGUUUCACAUUCAACAACCACUUGUCUUGUUUGUCUGUUCGCUUGGCAUCUGUUCUCUUCUCACUUGGAUUUCUGCUUGGUUCACCAGCCCUAGUCAAUGGAAGUGGAAGUUCCACGGAACCUUUGAUCAAUGUGCCUCGUUGUACUGCUCCCAAUACUAUGGAGCACUGCUGACUUUGACCAACAGCGCCAUGUAUCUACAGUAGCAUCCUGUUUGGGGAUGGAUAAUUGAUUGUUCCUCUCACUUGGAACCUUAACUCCAAAUUCAGCCAUGGCACCAAGCCCUUUUUUUCUUACGCCAGAUGUAUUUAUUUGAUAUAAUGCCCUCAUCCAAGGAGGUAUUUAUUAUGGAGCUGAGGUUGAAUAUUUGUUAAAUACUGUAACAUUUCAUUAGACUGCACAUGUUUGUCUGACUUGGUCCAAUGCUGACACCCAUACAGGCUCCAGUCACUUAUGUUUUUCCCUUGUCACAUUGCACAUGUGUAUGGUGACUUUUGGAUAAUGUUUUGUGUCGUGUUUUAUCAAGUUUAGAUGUUUUAAAAUUGUGAACUUGAAACUUAAAUGAAUGUGUUUCUAUGACACUAACUUAUCAUGAAUGCUGCACCACACCACAACUUCUGUACUCUUGUUUGAUGACCACAUGAUUAUGGGUCAACUUGUUUGUGUUCUGAUUUAAUGGCCCAAUGUUGUCAGCAGAGAAACUGUUACUAAAAGUGCAGUCAGUGAUGUAACAGUCUGUCUGUCUGUGUACUUCAAACUGUACUGCCCGGUUAUCAAUGAGAUUUGUUGCAGAUUAAAUUAGAUUCACGGGUGUCUGAGAGGGCAGAUACAACUUUCUUUCUUGUUGGAGCUUGUCAGCUGCAGGAAGGAGAUCGUUGUGCCCCGUCACUGUAACAAUGACUCCUUUGUAUGCUUGAGGUUCACAGAGGGAAUUACUCCCCUCUCUGGGCAGACAGACCCUGAUAUAGGAUCAAUUUAGAUUUUUUAUCAAAAUAAGAUAACAUGGACAGGGGAACUUGAUCAUAGAUCAGCACUCCUACAGUGAGACACUUUUCGAAAACAGGCCCUGGAGAUGACGUUAUUUUGUUCUAUAGUCCUGGGUGACUGAUUUAAAUCAAUGUAUGAAGCAGUCAUCCAAUAGAUGUGAGUUCAAUGACGCAUCAAAUAUUUUGGAUGAAGACAGCGAACUGCUUUCAUUGGGUUCGACUGGUCAGUAGAUGUCGGCAAUAGUGGCGCUGUUCAUUGAGGUUUAGCUGGGGACAGUUCUGUCCUACAGUGUGGGUUAUAAAGCCUAAUUAGUGGGUCAUCUUUGUGUUAAGUGCAGGCACUCAAUUAAGACCACAGGCUUAUUAUACCUGUCAACAGGAAGAGGAAUAGAGGAAAUGUUUUAGAUUUUAAACACUUCCAACUACUUUAUCAACAUGUCAAUUGACACUACUGAUAUUGGUGUUUGGUAAUAUGAUUAAAUGUAGUUGACAGCCAUGUUGACUUAGCCCCUUUUCCCUUCUGUUUGUUUUGACCUGUCCCACCCUGUUCUUUUCAGCACAUCCUGGGCAUGCGACUGUUUGUUUUACAGGUGUAUCAUGUAAAUGUAGUAGAGAAUGCACACGACACAAAAAUAAAUGUAUCAAAUGCCUUCUUUGUGGAAAUUGUUCAGACCUGUACCAGCAUUGGCUCAUUUGAAUAUAUUUGUACAGUAUGUCACCCCACUGAAUGUCAAUAGAAAGCUUAAUCUGUAUUACUUCAGCACUAAUAUGCUUCAAGUACUUUAACAACUCAUAUAGCUAACUGUUAAUCCUUGAUCACAGCAACUGUAAUGUAAACCUACACUUAAAACAUUGGUUAACUACACAGCUACAUCCAGAACCUGUACUACUAUAAAACAUGGAAAGAGGCUUUAGUGAUGAAUACACAUUUAGUAACUUGAUCGCCUGAGCCACUCUUGUUUUCAAGCUGGUGACAUUACACAGUACUGCCACUGUAAAACAAUAAAACAUUGGUUUUCUCUGA